UGAGGGAUCGUUAUCACUCACACAUUUUCAGGGAUGUUCAGGUGAGGGAUCGUUAUCACUCACACAUUAGAAACAAUGCGGAGGACAGAGACAGUGACACUCACAGAGCUGAGGUUAAGCGGUGGAAACUGGAUCUGAAUGGAGCCGCUCUCUGAUCCUGCUGCUCUCUCCUCAGCUCUGCACAAUGAACCCAAAGACGGACUGGAAAUUUCCCAGGAUGUCUCUGUCACGGAGCCGGUUACCGCUGCAACACCUCGCGCGUCACCCGCCGUGAUUAACCAAUCGGUAUUGAUCGUUGCGGGCUCCUUGUUCACGGGGAACAGGUUCACUGUAGGCGGUUGCUGAUGGAUGCGAUUGAAAACGUCACAUUGAUCCGGUUGAAGGUUUGAUUGGUCAGAUAGUGGGAGGUGAGCGGGAGGUGAGCGGGAGAAACCGGAGGACAGAGAGUGAUGCUUCAGCACGUUGGACAGCUCCGAUCAGGAUCCGGAUUUCAGCCUCUUCUCACUUCACCCGACCUGCAGCCGCGCGAGGAUGACAGGAAACCUGUCUCUGUGGACGUCCACACCUGCCGGUCCUUCACAGAACACGUCUGUCUUCUCCCUGUUCAACUCGUCUGCUCCACCCCCCCCCCCACCCUGGGAGGCCCCGUCCUUCACCGUGGCGGCCCGCUGCCGUGUAGCAGCCACCUUGGUGCUGUUUGUCUUUGCCGCCAUCAGUAACCUGUCAGUCCUCAUCAGUGUGUGCUGGGGGCGGGGUUAUCGCCUGGCAGCACAUCUGCGCCCGCUCAUCGCCAGCUUGGCCUCAGCUGACCUGGUGAUGACCUUUGUGGUGAUGCCACUGGACGCCGUCUGGAACAUCACGGUGCAGUGGUACGCCGGGGACGUCAUGUGUAAGCUGUUGUGUUUCCUCAAGCUCUUUGCCAUGCACUCGGCCGCGUUCAUCCUGGUGGUGGUGAGUCUGGACCGAUACCGGGCCAUCCUCCAUCCUCUGGACUCUCUGGACGCCGGCCUCAGGAACAGACGCAUGCUGCUCGUGGCCUGGACGCUGAGCGUGCUGCUGGCCUCUCCUCAGCUGUUCAUCUUCCGGGCCAUUAAGGCCGACGGCGUGGACUUCACUCAGUGUGUGACCCAUGGAAGUUUCCAGCAUCGCUGGCAGGAGACGGCAUACAACAUGUUUCACUUUGUGACGCUGUAUGUCUUCCCUCUGCUGGUCAUGACCUUCUGCUACACCCGCAUCCUCACCAAGAUCAAUGGGCGGAUGCGCAAGAGCAAAGAUGGCGAACACUGUCUGAGACGCAGUGGAACAGACAUGAUACCUAAAGCCCGGAUGAAGACCCUCAAGAUGUCCAUAGUGAUCGUCAGCUCGUUCGUCAUCUGUUGGACGCCCUACUACCUCCUGGGGAUCUGGUACUGGUUCCAGCCGGCGAUGAUCCAGCAAACACCUGAGUAUGUCCAUCACAUACUGUUUGUCUUCGGCAACCUGAACACGUGCUGUGACCCCGUCAUCUACGGCUUCUACACGCCGUCUUUCCGGGCCGACCUCGCCGACGUGGUGGCGUGCUGCCGCGGCCGACGAACCAACAACGCCUCGCCUUGCUCUGUGGAUCGUCUGUCCAGUCGAAACGCUGGAGCCGCCAGGGAGAUGGAGUCUGACCUGAGCUCCAACCAGCACAGUGGGAACCCCAGUUAAACAGCAGCGGUGUGGUGGUGGAAAAGUUACCCGAUGUCAGCUGCUUGAUGAUGAUCCCACGAGUUCAUUAUCGGUCAGUGAACAACUUUGGCUUUAGCUGCUCUUAUGAACAUCUGUUCUGAGCUGUGGAACUGUGAUCUGAAGGGAAGCUGCAAGAACCAUGUGCGUCAAUGUUCUGUUAGAUUACUGCAUGUCAGUAAAAUAUCAGUAUGUCUGUUGGGCACCUGUUUGACCUGUGUCGAACUCCACAGCUGUUUUUAA